CACACAGCAGGAGGAGGAGGAGGAGGGGGCACUGGUGUCACAUGACCUCUGUUGUUUUUUUUGUUGUUUUUUUCUUUUUUCCCCUCUCACUUAUUUGCAGAGUUGAAGAUGUAGAUAACGUGUCCAUUGGCCGAGGAAGAACGUGUUCGCCGGAAGUGUUUUUAAUGCUCUGGAGGAAGAAGAGUCUUUUUGUGUCCCACCUGCUGCCUUUCCGUGUAUCUCCAGCUUUGACCUGUGUGUGUGUUCCUGAAAGGAAGAGAGCGUCUUGCAUGACAGAGUCUUCCUGAGGUAUGACUGACACCAUGUUUGGAAACGGGAACCACCAGUGGGUUUGCCCCAAUGACCGACAACUCGCUCUCAGAGCCAAACUCCACACGGGUUGGUCGGUGCACACGUUCCAGACAGAAAGGCAGCGGAAAACCCAGGUGCUGAGCAAGCGGGAGCUGGACAUCAUCCUGAGCGUCAUCCACAGAGCCGAGCAGCUCGACCUGAUCGAGCAGCACAGAAUCGGGCGUCUGAUGGAGCGUUUGGAUAACAUGAGGAGGUCAGCAGUGGGGAAUGGCCUGUCUCAGUGCCUGCUGUGUGGAGAGGCUCUCGGGCUGCUGGGAACUCCUUCAGUCCUCUGCUUUGACUGCUGCAAGAAAGUGUGCACCAAGUGUGGGAUUGAGACGGCUUGCAGUCAGAAGAGAGCUCAGUGGCUCUGCAAGAUCUGCAGUGAACAGAGAGAGGUGUGGAAGAGGUCAGGUGCAUGGUUCUACAAGGCUCUGCCUAAGUACAUUCACCCAGAGAAGGACUCCUUCAUGGACCAGAGGGCUGUGAUGGAGAGAGAGGAGCAGCCAGUGGCCAGGAGUGUUCCCAUCACCUACACAUGGGCCCACAGGAAAGAGUGAUGCGUUAUGAAUUUGGAAUUCAUCGAAGUGUCUGAAGACGCUCGGCCGGGGGCUACGCAGGUGUCCCGAAGUCAAUAUUCCACUGCAGUGUGUCAAAACAAUAACGGUGCAAUUUUAGACAACAUUAAAACCACC